AUGCCCACAUCUAUCCCUGUCGUCACCGGAUACUAUCGCUACACCGAUAUAUGGUUCGAAUGGCAUCAAGCGCUGCCAGACAUCGACGAUAGAGCACCGGUCAAAGCAAUCCUAUCACAUGAUGCAUUGGUUCAUCCUGAACACCCUCUUCACGUCGAGGGGAUUAACGGAAUUCAAAUGUAUAUAGGAACUUUUGCAACCGGAGAAGCGCGUCUCUUAUUCUCAUCUCGACAAGUUGAUUAUCUUCGAUACUGGCUUCACGCCAUGCAAUUGACGAAAGGAAUCGUUCCACUCCCAUACUCUGACUGCCUUUUAACGGAAUCCAACCUUGAAACUGUAUCACCUGUUGUGUAUCCUGAUGGUUUGUCCCUGCGCAAUGCCCUCAAAGUCAUUGAUAAGAACAAUAAGCGUUUGAAAGGCUCAAACCCUCUCCUUACUCACCGACGCCAUCUUUUUGAAAGAGUGCGCAAUUUUUGGUCCGAAAAGAAAGGGGUUUGGUGUGCAAUGGACUUUGAAGCUUGGGAACUCGAUCACACAGUGUUGACAGAAUUCGGAUGGAGCCUUGCUGGUUGGAAAGAUGGUAGCUUAGUUGAGGAUCGUGGACAUCUUAUCGUCGAAGAAGCUCGGUCAUAUAUCAACUCACAAUACGUACCCGAUCAUCGAUAUGAUUAUACUUUUGGCACUAGCGAGACAGUUAAAAAGGCAUUGUUCAAAAAACGUAUUCAAUAUUUGGUCAAGUCGCUAAACGAAUAUGGGCCUGUUUUCCUCGUAUUCCACGAUAAUAGUCAAGACAUCAAGGACCUAAAGAAACUUGAAGUAGACCUGGAAGGCAUGUCCUACAUCAUGCCCGACAGCAUACCCGAUAGCGGUAUCUUUGUCAUUGAUACCUCUGAUCUCAUCGGGGCAUUACUGGGUGAAGGCUCUGGUGAAAAAAGAUCGCUCGACAAAACAUGUAGCUUACUUCAAAUACCUACUCAAUACUUGCACAACGCAGGUAAUGAUGCUCAUUAUACUUUACUCUCCAUGCAAGAAAUGGCCAAGGGUGACCCCAUCGAUAUUCAACGCGAGAAAAGAUGGCCGAAUCAAACCCCUGCUGGUGUGAAAGUCGAACUUAAACCCUGGCAAGAGGAUAGCGAUUAUUCCGACGAAGAGGGUGUAAUUCCACCACCAGAAGGCUACAAGUUCGUAACAGACGAAGACGAGGCAAACAGUGUCCACGAUCGAUGA